AAAUUUUCAAUGUAUUUUAUUUCGAUGGAUUUUGUCUAGAAUGAUGGAAAAAGUAUUGUAAAAUGCUAUUAUGAAAUGUAAUUGCAUAAUUCAAAAGUUUUCCAUCUCGAACAAGUUUAAAAUGGAUUAGAAAUAGAGCUAUUUACAGCUGUCUUUUGACCUAUUUAUAAAUCAAAGAUAGUAAAUAACCCGCACGUACCAAUUGUAUAAACGAUUUGAUUGUAGUAUUCUAUUGAAACUGCUAAUAGAAACAAUUGUCAUGUGAUUGCUAAACAACAAAAUCAAGUUAAAAAACCACGAUUCGAUUGCUCUGAAUAUGACAUCUCUCGCGGCGACACCCGCAAAAAGACCUCCUCACAGCAGAAAUGCUCGGCAAGGCAGUGUCAUUGAUUUGGAUAUUGACAUGUUUCUCAAGAUAUCAAAUUAUGAAGAUACAGUCAGACAACUUGACAUCUAUUAUGGAAUUGUCAAAAGACAAUUACUGCGCUAUCAAAGUUGUAUAACGGGUCUUUUUCCACAAGUUUCAAACGAUAAAGUAGUUGGAAGUGUAAGAGAAAGUAUUUAUUGCGCUGCUGCUGUAUGGAGUUUGUAUCAAGCAUACAGGCGUAUAGAUGAUGAUCGUGGAAAGUCUUAUGAACUUGGACAAUCAGCUGUAAAAUGCAUGCGUGGAAUCUUAGAAUGUUGGGUGAAACAGUCACCAAGGAUAGAGUUAUUUAAACGCAACCAGUGCGACCGCUUUGCAUUGCAUUGUAAAUUUUCUUUAGAUACUGGUGAUGAAAUUUUUAAAGAUGCUGACUACAAUCAUUUGCAAAUUGACAUUGUUUCCUUAUAUUUGAUAUUUUUAGUACAAAUGAUUUCUUCAGGUUUGCAAAUCAUAUAUACUCAAGAUGAAGUAGCGUUUAUACAAAAUCUGGUGUAUUAUGUGGAAAGAGCAUAUCGUACACCAGAUUAUGGCAUGUGGGAACGUGGUAGUAGAUAUAAUGACGGUACACCUGAAAUACAUGCAAGUUCAAUUGGUAUAGCCAAAAGUGCUCUCGAAGCUAUUAAUGGGUGCAAUUUAUUUGGAGAAAAAGGAGCUUCCUGGUCAGUCAUAUAUGUUGACAUUGAUGCACACAAUCGAAAUCGUAGCAUUUUUGAAANAAUGCUUCCAAGAGAAUCAAGUUCUAAGAGUGUAGAUGCAGCUUUACUACCAACAAUAUCUUUUCCUGCAUUUGCUACUCACGAAGAAAUAUUAUAUAACGAGACGAAGGCUAACAUAAUACGAAGAUUAAAAGGCACUUAUGGAUUUAAAAGAUUUGGUAGAGAUGGAUACAAAACAGUUAUAGAAAACAAAGAUCGACGAUAUUACAAAUCUGGUGAAAUCAAGGAAUUUGAUCAUAUAGAAUGUGAAUGGCCAUUAUUUUUUAUAUUUAUGAUUAUUGAUGGUGUUUUUAAAACCUUGCCAGAACAAGUGGAAGAAUAUCAAAAAUUGUUAAAAGAACGGAUAUACAAAGAUAUUAAUGGAGAUCCUGUAAUACCUAUGUAUUACUAUGUACCUGAGGAAACUUUGGAACUAGAAAGAAAUGAUCCUGGUAGUGCAUAUCGAGUAGCAAGUGCUGAAGGAAGAGGACAAAAAAAUUCUACAGAUACGGAACAUGGACCCAUGUAUUUGUGGAAUCAAGCCAUGUUUAUAAUUGCUCAACUACUUACUGCUGGUUUAUUACAUAUUAAUGAAUUAGAUCCAAUUAGACGUUAUCUUCCUUCGUACAAUAGACCACGAAAAGCUGGAAGGUAUUCAGCUUUUCAAGCUAAACCGAGUAUUGGUACUCAUACUGAUCUUGUAGUACAAAUCGUUCUUAUUGCUGAAUCCAUGCGAUUACAAGCUAUGAUGGCAACAUAUGGUAUACAAACACAAACGCCACAUGAAGUGGAACCUGUACAAAUAUUAUCAUCUACACAAUUAGUAAAAGUUUACGAAAAAUUGGGUGUAAAUAAUAAAUUAAAUCUACGAGGCCGACCGGCAAGACCAAUUGGAUCUUUAGGUACAAGCAAGGUUUAUAGAGUGUGUGGUAUGACAGUACUCUGUUAUCCUUUAAUAUUUGAAGUGUCAGAGUUUUAUCUGUACAGAGACAUGGCUUUAUUAAUCGAUGAUAUUAAAACUGAACUUCAGUUUGUAGGCAAAUAUUGGCGACUUUCAGGUCGACCUACUGUGUGCCUUUUAAUACGAGAAGAACAUAUGAGAGAUCCACAAUUUAAAGAAAUGCUUGACCUUUUUGCUAUGUUAAAAAAAGGAUAUUGUGAUAAAACAAAAGUACGAAUUGGUCGUUUGCAGAAUCUCAUUUCAUCUUCGUGUAUUGCAUUACGUAAAUGAACCAUUAUAUAAUAUAUUAAAUGAAAUUCGUAACAAUAAAAGCUUAUAUACUUUGUGUCAACUUUAUGGCAUUUUGCUGAUGCGGGAAGGAAUUAACUAUGACAUUAAUGGAAUGACAGUUGGAGAUUACUUAAGAUCAU